AUUGGUCGAACUAACUCAUGUAGACAUUUAACCGUCACAAUUACAAAUUUAAAUUCAGAACAGAGGGACAGCGCUACAUUUAGGUUAGGACACAGUAAAUUAGCCUUUUAUAUACUUGUCUUCACAAUACAUACCUAACCCACAUAAUACGUUACAUAGUGUUCAUAUUUUGAAAAAAACAAAAUAAAGCUCCCUGUGUAGCUGCUAUGCUAGCAGUGACAGCAUGCAUGCAUCCUAAGCAAAACUAGCUUGUACUACCGCUGCGGUGAAUAACAAAAAAGGCCUCAGCUACUCCAUGGGGGGGUCCCAAAAACUGACAGCUGUGGCUUUUAGCCUGAGCAAAAGGCUUGGUGAAUAUUAUUUAACAUCGGCAGCAUUUCAGGAUAACGCGGCGCGUGUGUUGUUGUGUGUGCGUGUUGUGUGUCUGCGAGGUGUGCUUGCAGUCAGGGCAGGCUCAAGUAUGAAGAGAGGCAAGAAGGACGAGGUGGCGGCUGCAGACGGGGAGAACGACACAGGCUCUGCUUCUGCCAAGAAAGCAAAGAAGACUAAGGAACCAGAGGCCCCAAUCCUGUACGAGGAUCCUCCUGACAAACUGACCAGCAAAGAUGGACGCAAGGCCAACAUGAAGAUCACCUCCUGGAACGUGGACGGGCUGCGAGCCUGGGUGAAGAAGAACGGUCUGGAUUGGGUGCGUGAGGAGGAUCCAGAUGUUUUGUGCCUGCAGGAGACGAAGUGUGCAGAGAAAUCCCUCCCUGCUGAAAUCACCUCGAUGCCCGAGUACCCUCACAAGUACUGGGCUGGGUCAGAUGAAAAGGAGGGUUACAGUGGGGUGGCCAUGCUCUGCAAGACUGAACCUAUCAAAGUCACCUAUGGCAUUGGCAAGGAAGAGCAUGACAAAGAGGGCCGCGUCAUCACUGCGGAGUUCCCCAACUUCUACCUGGUGACAGCCUAUGUGCCAAACUCUGGCAGAGGCCUGGUGCGCCUCGAUUACCGCAAAACCUGGGACGUGGACUUCCGGUCGUAUCUGAGCGAGCUGGACAUGCAGAAGUCCGUGGUGCUGUGCGGCGACCUCAAUGUGGCCCACCAGGAGAUCGACCUGAAGAACCCCAAGGGGAACAAGAAAAACGCAGGCUUCACUCCUGAGGAGCGCGAGGGCUUCACCCAGCUGCUGGAAGCCGGUUUCAUUGACAGCUUCCGCGAGAUCUACCCUGACCAGACCCACGCCUACUCCUUCUGGACCUACAUGAUGGGCUGCCGUGAUAAGAACGUGGGCUGGAGGCUCGAUUACUUUUUGCUGUCGUCCAGCUUGCUGCCGGGCCUGUGCGACAGCAAGAUCCGUAACAAGGCGCUGGGAAGCGACCACUGCCCCAUCACUCUGCACAUAGCUGUGUAGGUCUCCGUCAGGUCUGUAGGGCUACUGCUUGCAUAGCCUUUGCCGUUUUCCUAUUACUUCUGUUCCAACUUGGCUAAAGCCAUCAUGUAUGCCAGAGUUCGCUCUGUUAGAAUGAGGUGUCGCCUGUCUGGGCACUUCGUCUCAUGGCUGAAGCACUGCCCAAACUCACUCUUUCAGUAGGCUCAGCAGUAGCUUGGUUUCCAAUCAGUUUUCACCGGCAACUUUCAUGAAAUGACUCGAACAUAAUUCUUAAAAACAUUUGUCUACGUCAUGUAACUGAAGUUUGUACGUAAACCCCCCAUGUUGACUUAAAUUCUGUUAAAACCCAACACUAAAUACUGUAAAGAUGUCUAAGCUGAUGUUCAACAGUGACCUGUGGUUGGAAGUAGAGCUGAUGUCUGUCUGUACUACUGCUGACCUGAGGCACAAGCCUUCAUUCCACAGAUCCUGCAGGAAUGUUGUUGUUACUGUUUGACGUGGAACCACUGUUAAAAAAAAAAAGUGUAUCUUCUUUUCGCACAAAAUUGUUUAAGCUUCUUUUUCAAACCAGUGUUACGUUUUCUUGUCAUAAACAUGCCCACAAUAAAAACUGGAUUUAUGUAAAA